GGGAGGAGCGGCGCGAUGGCGGCGGCGGGGCGGCGGCGCUGAGGAUGAUAUCGCGAUACGCGCGGAAGCCGGUGCAGCCUCAAGGACUCCCAAAACAUGCCUUGAGGCAUCACCCACUGCCGGAGCCACGGGCUCAGGUGUGCUCAGCCACACCCACGGCUGAAAACCUCGGCCAGACCUCCAGGGAGUCAGGAAUCCAUAAGGAGUUGGAAGAUCAUGGGGAUCCACGGACUGCUAGUCAGGGUUGUGCUGACACCUCCACAGAAGACAGCUCAGUCUUCUCCUGGGGCUAUGACGAAUUUGACAAAGCUGCCACUCAACAAGUUCAGCAGAUGUUCAGACAAAUUGAUGAGCUUCUGUAUGAGCAGAAAGAAAACGUUCAUGUUGAGGGACUGCGGGAAGAAUGCCACCAGUGGUCCUCCAGCUUUCCUCAUCUCAGGGUGGUGGGGAAGCAGGUGGUGGCCCCCACAGAUGAAGGGUAUGGAUGGUACUCGAGUUCCCCCUCGAGCAGUUUGGCUCCCUCAGAUGUAAGUUCACCACAGGAAAAGGAUUCUGAUGAAUUUAGGGUUUUGGGCAAGAAGGUGCCUCUUUAUGUUGCUCCUGCCUGCAAAAAGGCCGACCCUUCCAAGCCUCCAAUCUUGUGUUCCUCAGAGAGUGAUGAAGGGGAAGAGGAAGUCAUUCUCUCUGAAGGCAUAGUAGAGGAAUACUUGGCAUUUGACCACAGAGAUGUGGAGGAGGAGUUGCACGAGAGGAAAAUGGGACUGUCCUCUGGCAGACGGAAAUUGGGGUUUCCUCCUGUCUCUCCCUAUUCCUGCAUGAAGGAUUCCGUGCUCACGUUUGUGUUUGAUGACGUGUGGAGUGAAGUCCUGGUCUGCAUGGAAGAACUGAUCUGCAGGCACUGGGAAGGGUCAGCCUCUGAUGAUGAGAAAAAUAUCAUAACAGUAGAAACACUGCAAGCAGAUGCCAGAAGCCCUUUGCAGUUGGAUCCUCUGCCAGCACUGUUACCUCGGGUGCCACACACAAAGAUGCCCUCAGUGACAUCAAAUCUGUGCCCAAAACCCAGAGGUGGCCGCAAAAGCAAAAAGAGGAGAAAAACACCUCAAGUAACUCUCUCUCAAGGGUCAAGUAGUAGUUCUCAGCAUAAACUGAAUGGCUUGAUGGUGGUCCAUGGAAUCCAGUUACACCAAAGGAACCUGCCUGUAGUGGAGAAAACACUGGAGCUGGAUGACAAACGGCCAGGUUCGAGUUCCCUCCUCUCUACCCGGGCGUGGCCAAAUCGUCCCCUGGAGCUCAGCACCUCGUCCCUGUCCCGCUGCGCGAGGAGGAGGAACCCUCCCCCACGGACCCUGCAUCCCAUCGGGACCCCACGCUCCGGGGACGACGUCUGCAGGCGCCUCCUGACUGCACAGGAGCAGCUGACCUCACCCUCCCCACUGCUGCUAAACAGAAACCACCCCCUGCCACCCAUUGCCACCACCAGUGUGGCAGAGCAUGGGAGCACCACAGGACCUCACAGGCAAACGAAACCUCGAGGGAACUCAAGCUGUGCUUACACUGUCAUGACACCCGAAGACACUCACCAGCAGCUCCAGGAGCAGCUGCUCUUACCUGAUCCCUUCUCCAGGCCUAACACAACCAGCACAUCCUUGCCCCAUUCCCAGCGCCGCCGUUCUUGCACUGUUACUGAUUAUAGUAAUCAGUCCUGGACAAGGAGAGGAUCCACAAGUUCAGGUCUUCCACUGCGUGGCUCUGUGAAAGCCCAUGGCCGAAGUGGAUCAGGCACAAAAAGCAAACAGAGGCACUGACAUGCCAUGGAGAAGCAUCCACCCAUCCAUCCCUCUCCAGAGAGUUAUGAACCACCUUUCCUUCCCAGCAAGGUCAACGUUGUUUACACAUAGUUUUCAAGCACCCUUCCUUACAGAUAGUUAUUUUUAUAUAAAUCUAAGCAGCAGCUGCCAAAGAUUAGCAGGGGUGCACUUAAACAUUCCAUUUCCUGCCAGUAGAGAAAGUGAUGCUCCAGUGGGAGGGUGAGUACAUUCCAGUGAAGCCCAACUCCUAGGAAAUCCAGCAAACACUCUCAGUCUGUGCUAUUUUCCAUGAGGCUGGUCACAGGCUCCUGUCCUUGCAGGCUGCAGGUGCUGCAGGACCUGCUCAUUUUUCUCUUAGGAAGGUUAACCUGGCCUUCCAUAGCCAUAGCAAUUUACAUUUUUUAAGAAGUGUAUUUAUCUGUUUAAAUAUGUUUAAAGCAAUAUUGUACUGGCAAAAGCAAGCACUCAGUUUAGGGAAGUGAUGAAUGCUGUGGUAGCUGCAGCAGGUAUGAACACAAGUGUGUAGGACCAGCAGAGCAGGUGACCUGGCAUCUCCAAGGGCAGCACACCACUGCCUCUUCCUGAGUUGUAAUAAAACCUUUUACCUCUUCCUCAGUGACUGAAGAAGGUUGAACAGGCAAAAAGAAACUUCUUACUACAAAUAGUUUCAGACAGUACUCAGUACUGGUGAGACAUUUUAUGGUAAUUUCACAGAAUAGCUCAGUGUCCCUAUGUAAAAAUACCAAUAAUUACACAAGAUUUCUUCACUCCAAGGUAGAGUUCCAGAAGCCACUGAUGCAGUGGAGCUUUUAGAAGCUGCAUCUGCCUGUGUGACAGACCUAACAGAGGCAUUUGCUGGACUUGGCCUUGUGGCUCCAGAUAAAACAAAGCCAUCAAGUACAGGCUUCUCAAAAUAAGAGAUUAGUUGAAGGACUUACUCCCAAACAGUAAGUGCCAGACUGAAAUGUAAAAACAAGCUGAGGUAACUACUGACUGUAUUUAAACAAAGUUAGGACACUCCACAAAAACAGUUAUUCCUUUCUAGUCAAAUUAAAGAGCACUGUUUUCCUAUAUUUUCUUAUUAUUCUUCAAAUUACAGUUCACAGUUGAAAAAAACCUUGUUAGUAUUCUUUAUUUAGUGGCUCCCCUAUUUCCCCACUCCAGACCAGCUAAUAAUUUUUCAUCAAUACUGAAGCUCACAAGUCCAGUUGAUCCAAGCUUGCUUUAACCAAAACCAGGGAACUGCAAAUAUAACUGGAUUAACCUGUCUUUGCAUUUCCAGAAGUUAAAAAAAACAAAAAAAACCCAGCAGCAGCUCUGAGCUCAAGCUAUACCUCUUAAGUUUUCAGAGAAAGAAGCUGAUGCUCACAAGAGACCUCUACUCACUAAACCAUCUCAAAAUACAAUUUCUCUUCUGGAACACUGUGCAGUGGGUCAGUUAUGUCAGGCAUUUGUAUCCAUGCCAUUCCUCAGGGACCAAGUGAGUUUUCUGUAGCACAAGAGUUACAAAAGCAGAUAAAUAAACUUGAAUAGAUUCUGUUAACAUAAUGUAGUGUUUUACAGCCUAGAGGAGUCAGUGGGUUUAAAAAAAUGCAGUUGUCUCUAAGGCCAUUUUUGGGUUUUUUUGUACAGAUGGCUGACACCAGGGACAGCUCCUGGACUGUUAUUUAUUUUGUGCAAUAAAAGUAAUCUUCAAGUCCCGUGUUAUAACACAAUGAUAUACUCUACUUUCUCAGAAUCAGGGUUAUUUUUGAAAGCAGACAAGUCAAAGGGAACAGAGACCAUCUGCCUCUGGCUUCCCCUCAGGAGCUGUUGUUGAAGCUGUGAGGGCCUUCAGCUCCUGAAGUGUUCACCUUGAGACUCCUACACCUUUGAAAAAUGAUCCUCCCUGGAAGUGUGCAGGAUUUACUUGACUGAAAUCAGAAGAAUCAACACAAUUGGCUUGUUUUAAAUAGCUUAUUUAGAAAACAGAGAACUGGAGAAGCAAAACUCCAAAAAAGCCCCACCUUCUAGUUUAUUAAAUCUGCAAUUUUUUAAACUAUCUUUAUAAAAACUACUGGAAUAUCUGGAAAAGACCUGUUGAGCUUAUGUGCAAAGACCUUUAAACACAGCAGGAGGUUUGUUACAGAAGAAGUGUGUGAAUAGCACACAUGGAUCUCAGCUGUAGAGCACCCAAAGGGUUGGAGACAGUAGCACAGGAAUGACUUGUCUUCCUAGUUCAGCACACAUUCCGAGUCAUGUCCCCACUUACAGCCAGUCAUUGCACACAGUCCAAAACAGGAGCCCAGAAAACACCCUAAAUUCUCCCAAAUUCACUUUGUUUCCAUACAAAGUGAAAACCUGGUAUUUCAGUCUAUGCUGUUCCUUCUGCCUUUCUUUUCUUGGCUGAAGUCUUCUUUCCUCCUUUCUUAGCACUGUUCCCGUACUUUGCUUCCAGCUGGGCGAGAAAGUUAUCCAUUUGCUUUUCUCGAUCCUUGCUUCGGCUCUGGGGAGGGGGAAAAGAGCACCAACCAAACUCAAACCUUUUGUAACUUCCCAAUACAGGUUAUCCUUAUUAUUGAAGUUUGACAGCUAUACAAAAUCUUGGACUAUAUAAAACAGUAAACACAAGCUACAGAAAGUUUAGUAUCAUUAAACCUCCCUGUGAAAUAGUCUAAAACUAGAAGAUACUGCAUAAGUACCCCAAAUAUUUAACCCUUGUAAAUUUUUAAAAAGACACAGGUAAUAAAAUCUAUACUGUACUUUGAUUCUAAUUAAAUUAAAGCACAUAGUUAACAUUAAGGCCAGGUUUUAACCUCAGGAAUUCAGAAGAGUUGCAAGGAUCCAAAAUCAAUGACGCUCAGGGAAAACACAAUUGUAAGCCAGUAACAAAGUUAUCUGCAACAAACAGAAGAAGCCUUACUUUAAUCAGCGCCUGCAAGUCAUUUCCUUCACCAAGGCCCAGUUCAUCUUUAGACUUUUUUGCCUCUUUAGCUUCUUUUUCUGCCUAAAAGAGCAAAAGAGGUUUCUUUAAAGAAGUAUUUUGCAUGUUAUCUGAGCAAGUCUUAGAGGAGUUAGCAAAUUCUUUUUUGGGCAUCUGUGCACAAAUAGUUGCAGGGAAGUGCAAAGGUUUUCCAAGGUUUCCCACAGAUAAGGAAUCAGGCAAGGGAAGCCCAUUCUGGUUCCACCAUUUAGCAGAGCAGGAAGUUUUUCUGCUCUUCCACAGGUGUUUGUCCCUGUCCCUCUUCCCAUAUCCUUCUCUUUUUUUUUGUCUUGGUAGAUACUACAUUAAGUCAAUGUGCAUAUAACAUUCUACAAAGUGUCCAUUUAGGUCAGAGCAGUUUCACACCUGCCAGAAGUCAACCAAAACGUAUUUUCACCACUUGCUUGUUUUUGGUAACUCACAGCUUUGUAGGUAACUGCAGGGACACGCUAAACUGUAAUAAGCCAUUGUGUAUAAUAAGGAAAUAAAGAAGUAGAAAAGCC